CAUACACACUCUCUCUCCAUCUCUCUCUCACAUGCACACAAACAUACGCAUGCCAUCAGCUGUCAAACGGCGUAAGUUUGAUGUGUUUCAGAUAUUUAGGCAUUCAUUAAAUAAUCAAGAGUGAGAAGAUGAGUCAGCGUUGUGUUUAUAUCUCUAAACCAUAAGAAUAAAUAUGAAUAAAGUGAUCGCGAGUUAGAUCCGCACAGAUGUACUGAUAUAGUUGGAUUCUGGGGGAUUUUACGGGCAGGAAACGAUGAGCUGGUUCGGUAGGAGCGCAGUGAUCGGUCUUGGUGUCACUGUGACUAUCAGCACCGGCCUGAUCGCAUUAUUGAUCAUUAAAGAGGCUCUCAGGAGGAGAAACCGCCGCCGUCUGCUGCUGCACAACACGAGCUCCGGAUUGCAGAGUGACGCAGUGGACUCCGCGGCUUUUUCUGCAGCGGUGAGGGGUUUGUCUCCUGAGCAGCAUGUGGAACUGAGGAAGACUCUGGAUGAGGUGAUGAACAGCGUGUCCAGUCUGAGGAAUGAGAUCGCAGAGCUGCGUGAGGGUCUGAGGGACAUCACCACCACCAUCGCUGAAGAUGUGAAGAAGACUGUGGAGGAGAGUCAAAGGUCACGGCGGCGACGGGUGCUUAUGCCGAGGGAACGCUCUGAAUCCGUGAGCUCCAGCUCCAUUUAUUUCACCGCCAGCGCCGGGGCCGCCAGUCUCUAUGACGACAGUGAGGUCGGAUACACCACGGCGUAUUCAAACGCUGAGUCCGACUACACGGACAGAGAGACGGAUCGCGAGACAGAUAAAGAUGGUGAGGACGACGGCAGAGACUCAGAUGAGGAGGAAGAGAUGAGCUGCGCCACAGUGCUCACACUGCGACAGGACGAUUCGCAGCACGAGGAAGAGGAUGAUGAAGAUGCCGGGCUAAUGGUGGACACUUUAACAGACAUUCCCAGUCCUGAACUCGCUCUCCUGCUCGCCCAGUGUGAUCUGCUGCAUGCAGGGGACUCUGGGAAAAAAGCAGAGGGCUUCAAGCUGCUGACGGAGAACAGACCACUGUAUGCUGAUAACAUGGAGUUUAUGUGGCGACUGGCUCGUGCCUACAGCGACAUGUGUGAGACGACAGACAACAGAGAAGAAAAGAGAAACUACGCAGAGCAAGGUCAUUAUGAAGCCGAGGCAGCACUGAUGAGGAAUGGACUGAGUGCAGAUUGUCACAAGUGGUUUGCCGUCCUCGCACGCUUGUCUUCACAAUACGAGAGCAUUCAUGGAAAACUGAAAAGCGGCCGCGUACUGAAGGAGCAUUUGGAUCGAGCUUUGGCUCUGCGUGAUGAUGAUCCGAUCUGUUUCUACCUGCUCGGCCGCUGGUGUUUAGAGGUGAGCUCUCUGGGUUGGUUGGAGACGAAAGCUGCCGCCACACUUUAUGAAACUCCUCCUACAUCCUCACUGAAUGAAGCUUUGGAGAAUUUCCUUAAGGCAGAGGAGUUAAAUCCAGGAUUCUCUAAAACAGUUCGGCUUUAUAUUGCCAAGUGUCAUAAGGAGCUCGGAAACAUGUCAGAGGCCAGAAACUGGGUCCAGUUAGCUCUGAGCACACCAGCAGGAGGAAAUGAGGAUUCUGACAGCGCCGCUCUACAGGAGGAGCUAAAGGCUUUGAUUGACAGCACUGCUGACCAGUUUACAAGCAGUUUAGUUAAUUGAGUGCGGGAUCUAAAGAAAAUGGUCAUCUAAUCUAUUUUAUAUUUCACCUAAUAUGUGCUCUAUUUUAUUUAUUUAAUGUGCAUUAUUAAAAUUGAUAAUUUCCCUUUAGUAAUCUGAAAAAAUAUAUAUAUUAAAAUUGUUUACAUACCUCCUUCCAAGGUAAAGCACUGCAUUUCAUUCCUUUUGAAAAAGAUGAAGGUAACUUAAGUCAUUCCUGUUUUUUUUUUUUAUAUUUAAACAUGCUGUGAAAUUGUAUAAUCAGUUACAAAAUGCCUGAUGUUUGUUUGAUUUAAUUUUGAAAUGAAGUGAAUACCUGUAAUAUGUCAAUAAAAUUCUGCAAUUAUCUCUCAG